CCCUCCCCUCCCCUCCCCUCCUCUCUCAGCCCGUGGAUGGUGUAGCCCUCUCUCUUUCUCUCUCCCUCUCUCUGGCAGUCUGGUGGAGCCGCACACAAGGAUUAGAGGGUUUGCUGUGAGUGUCUGCUCACAGAGAAGAAGCCAGAAGACAGAAAGAGAGAGAGAAUCAAACACUCUAGGAAAGGACUAUUGUGGAUAAGUGAUCUGAUUUACCUUUUCUACACAGGCUCUCAUCCCAGUCAAGCCUUCCUUGAGCCUUCACCUGGGUGGGAGAAACCAAAGGCACUAUAAAGCCUGGACCUCCACACGGGGAGCCAUGUGAGCAGCACCCAGAGAAGUCCCCUCUUCACAGGAGCAAGAUUUUUCUCCCCCCUCCUCUUCACUGGAACCUCCACUUUGAGGAGACGCUCCAGGCUCGGUGUAUUUCCCAGCGGGAGACGCUCAUCUCCAGGGCACUGGUUGGGGGUGUGAGUGCCCCCCUCCCCAGGUCUGGAGGGCCGGCCGGCAGCAGCGCUCCAGCGCCAUGGAUUACCUGUUUGGGAUUGUAGUGCUGCUGUGUGGGGCGGUGCAGCCGGGAAGAGGUGAUGAGCCCAAGCACAACGUACCCAGGCUAAAGCUGUCAUACAAGGAGAUGUUAGAGUCCAGUAAUCUCGUCACGUUCAACGGCUUGGCCAACAGCUCGAGUUACGACACUUUCUUGUUGGACGAGGAGCGAGGGAGACUACUGGUGGGAGCCGAGGACCACAUCUUCUCCUUCGACCUCGUCAACAUCAACAGAGACCACAAGCAGAUCGCGUGGCCUGCCACCCCCUCCAAGAGGGACGAAUGCAAGUGGGCCGGUAAAGACUUUGGGAAAGAGUGUAAUAACUUCAUCCGGGUCCUCCAACCCUACAACCAGACACACCUCUACAUUUGCGGCACGGGAGCCUUCCACCCAAUCUGUUCUUUUCUGGAAAUGGGCAAGAGGGCAGAGGACAACAUCUUCAGACUGGCCUCACAUUUCGAGAACGGCCGCGGAAAAAGCCCCUACGACCCCAAAAUGCUCUCGGCCUCCCUGUUGAUCGAUGGAGAGCUGUACUCUGGCACAUCUGCCGAUUUCAUGGGAAGAGACUUUGCUAUUUUCCGUACCCUGGGAGAUCAUCAUCCAAUCAGAACGGAGCAGCAUGAUUCAAGAUGGCUGAACGAUCCCAGGUUCAUUGGCAUGAGCUUGAUCCCAGAGAGCGACAACCCUGAAGACGACAAGAUCUUCCUGUUUUUCAAAGAGAACGCCAUGGAUGGAGAGCACACUGGCAAGGCGACCAUCGCCAGGAUAGGACAACUGUGUAAGAAUGACAUGGGAGGUCACAGGAGUCUCGUCAACAAGUGGACUACUUUCCUCAAGGCCAGGCUCAUGUGUUCAGUACCCGGGGUCAACGGCAUUGACACACACUUCGAUGAGCUACAGGACGUGUUCCUCAUGAGCUCCAAGGACCCGAAGAAUCCAGUUAUCUACGCUGUAUUCACCACAUCCAGUAACAUCUUCAAAGGCUCUGCAGUGUGCAUGUACAACAUGGCUGACAUCAGGAGGGUCUUCCUGGGUCCCUACGCCCACAGAGAUGGACCCAACUACCAGUGGGUGCCUUUCCAAGGAAGGGUGCCUUAUCCCAGACCAGGCACUUGCCCCAGUAAGACAUUCGGUGGAUUCGACUCCACCAAAGACCUCCCAGAUGAUGUCAUUACCUUCGCCAGGGGCCACCCAGCCAUGUACAACCCUGUGCACCCAAUAGGUGGGCGGCCCAUCAUGGUGAGGACGGAUGUGGACUACCAGUUCUCCCAGCUGGUGGUGGACAGAGUGGAGGCGGAGGACGGACAGUAUGAUGUCAUGUUCAUCGGGACAGACAUGGGCACCGUCCUGAAGGUAGUGAUGAUUCCCAGAGAAAGCUGGCAUGACCUGGAGGAGGUAGUGCUGGAGGAGAUGACAGUCUUUAGGGAGCCGACUCCCAUUACUGCUAUGGAGCUCUCCACCAAGCAGCAACAGCUGUACCUUGGCUCAGCUCUGGGCGUUUCCCAGAUGUCUUUGCACCGAUGCGAGGUGUAUGGGAAAGCUUGUGCCGAGUGCUGCCUGGCCAGAGAUCCUUACUGCGCGUGGGACGGCACAGAGUGCUCGAGAUACUUUCCUACUGCCAAGAGGCGAACCAGACGGCAGGACAUCAGGAACGGCGACCCUCUCUCCCAGUGCUCAGAUCUUCAGCAUCAUGAAGACAUGGACGGUCUAGGCGGCAGCGUGGAGGACAGGAGCGUGUACGGCGUGGAGAACAGCAGCAUGUUCCUGGAGUGCAGCCCCAAGUCCCAGAGAGCGCUCAUUUACUGGCAGCUGCAGAAACCAAAUGAUGACCGCAGGCAUGAGAUCAAGGUGGAUGACCGGAUUCUCCGUACAGAGCAGGGUCUCCUCAUCCGCAGUCUGACCCAGUCAGACACUGGAGUCUACCACUGCCAAGCGGUUGAACACGGCUUCAUCCAGCCUCUGCUGCGCCUCAACCUCCAGGUCAUCCCGUCUCAAAAACUUGGCGACAUCCUUCCUGGACUUCCAGGAAGCGGGGCUGGCAACUCCGCAAAGCACCGGCUGUGGUAUCGAGAUUUCCUUUCUCUCCUGGACCACCCGGACCUCAGUAGUGUGGAGGAGUUUUGUGAUCGGGUUUGGAAGAAGGAGCGCAAACAGAAGAAAAUAAAGACGCCAAACGGGAACGGUCAGGCUAAACCUGAAAGCGGAGGAGGUGCCAACACUGCUUUGCGGCCUAAAGCCUUACCUCCAAACAGCCAGAAGCAGCAACAAAGUCCACCGCAGAGCAAACCAUGGCUGCAGGCUGGAGCUCCAACAGAACCAGCACGGAGCCAGAACGCCCAGAAAACUCAGCCGAAUCUGGGUUUGUUGAGCGGACAAGCACCUAAAAACAACCAGAAGACACAAAACGGCCAAAAGGCGCUGGCCAACGCUGCUGCUUCUCAAGCACCAGUGGGAGGGCCGAGAGCGGGCAGCCAGCACGCGGCCAAGUGGAGACGGAUGCAGGAAAAUAAGAAGGGACGCAACAGGAGGACCCAUGAGCUCCAAAGACCCCCACGUAGCGUUUGAGGAAAAAAAAAAAAAAGCACAAAGACGCACACAUGCAAGCACAAACCAACGCAUCCAUGCAUCAACACACAAGCACAUUCUAUAGUUUGUGUAUCAGUGACCUCACCAUUGCAGAAGCAGAAAACAACCAUGGAAACACUCUAAGGUAGAAAUACAUGAACCAGAACAAUAGACCUCCCUCAGACUAUCAUACACAAACACUCACAACCUGUGAAGAGGACAGAAACUGGAAUGCACACUGUAAAUGUGUGAGGAUAUGGCUAGUUGCCUGGCAUACCGCCUGGCAGACGCUUCAACCUCCUGUACAUAAGCUACUAAAAUAAGACUGGGGCUGUAGUGAGGUGUUUGUUGGUGAGCAGAUGGACUUUUUAUGCUGAGAGGACAGUCGCAGAGACAUGAAUAGACGUUUAUGGAAGCAGAACCUGCUGAUGUGAGCAUGUAAACUGCAAGAUAGAGAACCUGGAAUGGAUUUAAGACUCUUAUUUUGAAGAACCGUCUGAGGAGAUAAGACUCCCUUAAAACGAGGAAAGGGAUGGGUUGUAAUUCAAAACGAAUAGACGCAUCAAUACAUGCAAAAUCUGCAGAGAAAUUCUGCAAUGAAAGCAUUGUGCAUGCUGCCGUCAAUCAAUGUUUUAAUAAGCUACUUAUUUUAUCAAAUUCUAGAGGCUUUUUUUUACACCCUACCUUUAAAAACAUAAGAAAUGUUACAUUUUCUUUUAUAUUUCCUUUCCUUUCCAGACAAGAGCUUUUUUGGGGGGAGGGAAACAAUUACAAGCAUCUCAUUGUGCAUUCUCCCUCUGCUCUCCAGGAAUCUGUGUAAGUUAUUUUGUUGCUUUUUGGGGUUUGGGCAGUCGUCGCCUAUGCGAAAAAGCCAGUCUGAAAAAGACUGACACAUGUUUUUUGUGUACAUAUAUACAACAAACUUAACUCUCUGUGUAUAUACAGUACAUAUACAGUACAAGAACACCACUUGAUUAUUAUUUAUUGCUCAUUGUUUUGUGAAAGGGUUGCAUUUAUUUUUGAUAUUAUGGUAUUUUUGGCUCAUCAGUAUAUUGGAGAAAAAGGCAACAGCGAUUGAGAAAACUUUGAUGGACCAAGUGGCUGAAUUUAUGUCAAGGAGUCCCUUUUUGGGGAUAAAAGGUUUGAAAACGAGUACAGGGGUUUGUGUCAGAAACAGAAUCCCACUGACGAUAAGCACAAUUUUGUCUCUUUUGACUUUCAUAACAGAUUUCUUUGUUUUUCAUCUCACAUGUCUUUGUUCUUCCAGUAGUCGUUCUGUGUAAAAUAAUCCCCCAAACUGAAAAACAUUAGCUGUGAAUCUCUGUAAGAAAUAGUGGAGAAAAAUGUAGUCUGAAGGAGAAGACACGUUAUACUGCAUGUGAAUGCUACCUACAGUAAGUGCAUCUUUUUUAUUGUCUCUUUACGUGUUUUGUGUGAGAGGUAAAGUUCCCUUAAAAACAAGGUGUGAAUUACUUUUGUCCUUUUGCCAAAACAGUGAUAAUACCAACUCAUGAUACUCUGGCCAAAGCUGUUGAAGAUCCAAGCUCCUUAAUGUUCACUCAACAAUGGUACCCCCCUGUCUACCCUGCCCAUUUAAUACAAGAGUAAUGUGUCAAUGCAAUAAAUUAGAGCAGAUAGUGUCCUCUACCAGAUCUCCAAAGUUUGGUGUGUUCCUGAUUCGAGUCUCUCCCUCAGAGUUAGAGAAGUGAGAGAGCUGGGAGUUACCGCUGCUGUAACAACAGCUCUUUCUGGCAUGCAUUCGGUUGUCUAAAUAAACAUCUCCGUU